AUGGCGAAAUUCUCAGCUAAGGUGGUCAAAGAAUUCGCGCAAGGUAUCCCAUGGAGCAAAGUCAUCAAAAAAGCCGCAAAUGUCGAUCGAGGACAACGCGUCUUCCCCAGCCGGACUCCCAAAAACGACGCGAAAUCCAAUUUGCGAUUCGACAAAGGCUCGGUGGUUGAUGGGAAACAUGAAUUGAUCCUCCAAGCCAACAAGAAUGCUGAAAAUGCGGGUGUGAAAGCUGCAACUGCUGAGGACAGCUAUAAGAUCUGGGCCAAAAUCCUCAUUGAUCCCGAAAAUCUGGAUGAGAACCAGGCUGCGGAGGAUCUUUCUUAUAUUCUUCAAGGAAACGGACUGAAACAGUUAAAUUCAGAGCUUCUGCGUAUUACGGUAGUAUAG